AUGGGGAGCGAGGCGAUUGUCACGAACGAGGAAAGCGUUGGAAAUGAGAAGGAGACGAUGAAGCUGCCGCCGACAAACAAAGAAAAAACUUGGGAACCUCACUACGCUGCACGUGUCCGAAGAAAGGUGGUCAGUUUCCACUACGAAGCCAGUUCCUUCAUUACCGAAGUGUAUUUGAUUGGCAGUUUCAAUCACUGGGAUACAAAGCGCGAUAAGAUGGUUCUUCGUCGUUCUGAGAACGGCCUGAACAUCUUUGAGUUGUAUUUGGAGCUGUAUUCCGGAUUGUACUACUACAAGUUCUACAUUCCUUCGACGAAUAGCUAUACUUAUGAUAUCUUAAAUCCCAAUAAGGUCAGCGACUCCUUUGGCGGAUUCAACAGUGUCCUCGAAAUCCCAAUCCAGAUCCACAUUAAACAUCCACUCCUUCAGUCGGCUCAAAUGAAAGCAGAUAUUUGGUGGAAUCGGUCGGAGGAAGAAGAAAAGGAAGGUGGAGUUUAUCGAACGAUUUCAUAUGGAAAUUUGGGAGUGUUAGCUGCGUCAUCGAAUCGAUUAUCGGACAGUGCGACCGUCAAACGAGUAUGA